GUGGCUGUACUAACACCAUUACUGGUUUGCCACUCUUAGAGUGUCCCCUUCUCACAGUAUCUGUGCUUGCCCAUCAGACACUAUGAGGAGAUUGGCUUUUCGAGGUGCUGGUUCUACUCUGGUAAAUCUGAAGAAGUUGGAUUCCAUGGGUUCCAAGAGGCGAAGAGCUACCUCUCCUUCCAGCAGCGUCAGCGGUGGAGACUUCGAUGAUGCCCAUCACUCCACCAAUAUACCAGGCCCAAGCAGGAAGAGGAGAAGACUUUCCAAUCUCCCAACUGUAGAUCCUAUUGCUGUCUGCCAUGAGCUCUACAACACCAUCAGAGACUACAAAGAUGAGCAGGGCAGGCUCCUUUGUGAGCUCUUCAUCAGGGCACCCAAGAGAAGAAAUCAGCCAGAUUAUUAUGAAGUGGUUUCUCAGCCAAUUGAUUUAAUGAAAAUCCAGCAAAAACUGAAGAUGGAGGAAUAUGAUGAUGUGAAUGUGCUGACUGCUGAUUUCCAGCUUCUCUUUAACAAUGCAAAGGCUUACUAUAAGCCAGAUUCUCCUGAAUACAAAGCUGCCUGCAAACUGUGGGAGCUGUAUUUGCGCACAAAAAAUGAAUUUGUUCAGAAAGGUGAUGCUGAGGAGGAUGAUGAUGAUGACGAAGGACAUGACAAUCAAGCAAAUUCUGAAUUAUCAUCUCCAGGUUACCUGAAGGAAAUUCUGGAACAGCUUCUUGAAGCUGUAGCUGUUGCCACAAACCCCUCAGGACGCCUCAUAAGUGAACUGUUUCAGAAACUUCCUUCUAAAGUGCAAUAUCCAGAUUAUUAUGCAAUAAUAAAGGAACCCAUAGAUCUUAAAACUAUUGCCCAAAGGAUACAGAAUGGAACUUAUAAAAGCAUUCAUGCCAUGGCCAAGGACAUAGAUCUUCUGGCAAAGAAUGCCUUCAAGGAUGCAAAUGCGAUUAAAAAGAUAUUUAAUAUGAAAAAAGCUGAGAUUGAACACAGUGAGUUGGCCAAGUCAAGUCUCCGAAUCAGGACUGCAUCAAAUUUGGCUGCUUCCAAGCUGACAGGUCCUUCCUCACAGGGUAAAGGCAGUGUUGGGGAUGAGAGAAAUUCUUCUAACAAAUAUUAUCGUAACAAAAGAUCAGCCCAAGGGGAUCGUUUAUCAGCAAUAACCAUGGCAUUGCAAUAUGGAUCAGAAAGCGAUGAGGAUGCAGCUUUGGCUGCUGCUGCUCGUUAUGAAGAGGGGGAGUCUGAAGCUGAGAGCAUUACCUCCUUCAUGGACACCUCUAAUCCUCUUUACCAGCUUUAUGACACUGUUAGAAGUUGCCGUAAUAACCAGGGCCAGCUCAUCUCUGAACCCUUUUUCCACUUGCCCUCCAAGAAAAAGUAUCCUGAUUAUUAUCAGCAGAUUAAAACUCCCAUUUCAUUGCAGCAGAUCAGAACCAAGCUGAAGAACCACGAGUAUGAAACUUUAGAUCAGUUGGAGGCUGAUCUGAAUUUGAUGUUUGAAAAUGCCAAGCGCUACAAUGUCCCCAAUUCUGCCAUCUAUAAAAGAGUGCUGAAAAUGCAGCAGGUUAUGCAAGCAAAGAAGAAGGAGCUUGCUAGGAGAGAUGACAUUGAGGAUGGGGACAGCAUGAUUUCUUCUGCUACAUCUGAUACUGGAAGCUCAAAAAGGAAAAGUAAAAAGAACAUACGAAAGCAGCGGAUGAAGAUCUUGUACAACGCGGUUCUGGAGGCUCGAGAGCCCGGCACAGGCAGGCGGCUCUGUGAUCUGUUCAUGGUUAAGCCAUCCAAAAAGGACUAUCCAGACUAUUAUAAAAUUAUCUUGGAGCCAAUGGACUUGAAGAUGAUAGAGCACAACAUCCGCAAUGACAAGUACGUGGCGGAGGAGGCCAUGAUUGAGGACAUGAAGCUCAUGUUCCGGAACGCCAGGCAUUACAACGAGGAAGGCUCCCAGGUAUACAAUGAUGCCCAUAUGCUGGAAAAGAUCCUUAAAGAAAAAAGGAAAGAGCUGGGACCCUUGGCUGAAGAUGAUGAUGUUGCAUCCCCUAAACUAAAGCUAAGUAGGAAAAGUGGCAUUUCUCCCAAGAAGUCCAAGUACAUGACUCCAAUGCAGCAGAAGCUGAACGAGGUGUACGAGGCUGUGAAGAACUACACGGACAAGCGCGGGCGGCGGCUGAGCGCGAUCUUCCUGCGGCUGCCGUCCCGCUCCGAGCUCCCCGACUACUACGUCACCAUCAAAAAGCCUGUGGACAUGGAAAAGAUCAGGAGCCACAUGAUGGCAAAUAAAUACCAGGAUAUAGACUCCAUGGUGGAGGACUUUGUCAUGAUGUUCAAUAACGCUUGCACGUACAAUGAACCAGAGUCUUUGAUUUAUAAAGAUGCCCUGGUCCUCCACAAAGUUUUGCUUGAAACACGGAGAGAAAUAGAAGGAGACGAGGAUUCUCAUGUGCCCAAUGUCACUUUGCUGAUUCAGGAACUCAUCCAUAACCUCUUUGUAUCUGUUAUGAGCCACCAGGAUGAUGAGGGCAGAUGCUACAGCGACUCCUUAGCUGAGAUUCCUGCUGUUGAUCCCAACUUCCCAAAUAAACCUCCUCUGACUUUUGAUAUUAUCCGAAAAAAUGUUGAAAAUAAUCGCUAUAGAAGAUUGGACUUGUUCCAGGAGAACAUGUUUGAGGUACUGGAGAGGGCACGGAGAAUGAACAGGACUGAUUCAGAGAUCUAUGAGGAUGCAGUAGAACUUCAGCAGUUCUUCAUUAAAAUUCGAGAUGAACUAUGUAAAAAUGGAGAGAUUCUGCUGUCACCUGCUCUCAGCUACACCACCAAGCAUCUUCACAACGAUGUAGAAAAGGAAAAGAAGGAAAAGCUGCCCAAAGAAAUAGAGGAGGAUAAGCUUAAAAGGGAGGAGGAGAAGAGAGAAGCUGAAAAGAGUGAAGAUUCCUCUGGAUCAGCUGGGCUGUCAAAUUUGCAUCGGACCUACAGCCAGGACUGCAGCUUCAAGAACAGCAUGUACCAUGUGGGGGAUUAUGUGUAUGUGGAGCCUGCAGAGGCCAACUUGCAGCCUCACAUCGUCUGCAUUGAGAGGCUGUGGGAAGAUUCAGCUGGAGAGAAAUGGCUCUAUGGCUGCUGGUUUUAUCGACCAAAUGAAACUUUUCACCUUGCAACACGAAAAUUCCUGGAGAAAGAAGUUUUUAAAAGUGAUUAUUACAAUAAAGUUCCUGUUAGUAAAAUUUUAGGCAAAUGUGUGGUCAUGUUUGUCAAGGAAUAUUUUAAAUUGUGCCCUGAAAACUUCAGAGAUGAGGACGUUUACGUGUGCGAGUCGCGCUAUUCUGCGAAGACAAAGUCUUUUAAAAAGAUUAAACUGUGGACUAUGCCUGUGAGCUCCGUCAGAUUUGUCCCACGAGAUGUGCCCCUGCCUGUGGUCAGAGUCGCUUCUGUGUUUGCCAAUACAGACAAAGCAGAUGAGGAGAAACACAGUGAAACACUGGAGGACAGUAAGGUGGGAGAAAGUAUCCUUCAUCUUGAAAAGGACAAAGAAGAUGUUCCAGUAGAAAUGUCCAAUGGGGAACCUGGUUGCCAUUACUUUGAACAGCUCUGCUACAAUGACAUGUGGCUGAAGGUUGGGGACUGUGUCUUCAUAAAAUCUCAUGGCCUGGUACGGCCUCGAGUAGGAAGAAUUGAGAAGAUGUGGGUGCGAGAUGGAGCCGCAUAUUUCUUUGGUCCAAUCUUUAUACAUCCUGAAGAAACUGAGCAUGAGCCAACUAAAAUGUUCUAUAAGAAGGAGGUGUUUUUAAGUAACUUGGAGGAGACCUGUCCCAUGACUUGCAUUUUGGGAAAGUGUGUCGUUCUGUCAUUCAAAGACUUCCUCUCCUGCAGACCAACAGAAAUCUCCGAAAACGAUGUUUUUCUUUGCGAGAGCCGCUACAACGAAAGCGACAAACAAAUGAAGAAAUUCAAGGGGUUGAAGAGGUUUUCACUGUCUGCAAAAGUUGUAGAUGAUGAAAUAUACUAUUUUAGAAAACCCAUAGUUCCUCAAAAAGAGCCAUCUCCUCUACUGGAAAAGAAGAUUCAGCAGCUGGAAGCAAAAUUUGCUGAGUUGGAAGGAGGUGAUGAGGACAUGGAAGAGAUGGGAGAAGAGGAAGGUGAUAUGACUGAAACACCUUCUAUGCCUCAGCUUCAGGCCCCCUUAGCCAGUGAUUUGGAUAUAAUGCCUUAUACUCCACCACAGUCCACUCCCAAGUCUGUUAAGGGCAGCACCAAGAAGGAGGGAUCAAAAAGGAAGAUCAACAUGAGUGGGUACAUCUUGUUUAGCAGCGAGAUGAGAGCUGUGAUUAAAGCUCAGCACCCAGACUACUCCUUUGGAGAGCUCAGCAGACUUGUAGGAACUGAAUGGAGAAACUUGGAAGCAACAAAGAAAGCAGAAUAUGAAGAGCGGGCAGCUAAAGUUGCUGAGCAGCAGGAGAGAGAGCGAGCAGCACAGCAGCAGAAUUCCUCCCCCCGGGCAGGCACUCCUGUCGGGGCUCUUAUGGGGGUGGUGCCGCCACCAACACCAAUGGGAAUGCUCAAUCAGCAGUUGACACCUGUUGCAGGCAUGAUAAGUGGCUAUCCACCGGUGCUGCCACCUUUGCAGGGCCCAGUUGAUGGCAUUGUUAGCAUGGGCAGCAUGCAGCCACUUCACCCAGGGGUGCCCCCACCCCACCAACUCCCGCCAGGUAUGCCAGGCAUCCCAGGCAUCCCACCACCCGGUGUUAUAGGCCAAAAUGUGUCCCCUAUGGUAGGCACUCCAGCACCAGGAGCAAGUCCUUUUGGACAGCAGAUGGGGAUCCUGGGCCCGCCGGGCCAGCAGGCGCCCCCGCCGUACCCAGGGCAGAGCCCUGCCAGCCAGCCCGUCAUGCAGCAGCCCAGCACCCCCAUGUUCGUCUCCCCUCCACCAAAGACACAGAGGCUCCUCCAUUCUGAAGCCUACCUGAAAUACAUCGAGGGGCUCAGUGCUGAGUCAAACAGUAUCAGCAAGUGGGACCAGACCCUUGCAGCACGGAGACGAGAUGUGCACUUGUCCAAGGAGCAGGAGAGCCGCCUGCCCUCGCACUGGUUGAAGAGCAAAGGGGCUCACACCACCAUGGCCGACGCGCUGUGGCGCCUGCGGGACCUGAUGCUGCGCGACACCCUGAACAUCCGCCAGGCCUACAACCUGGAGAACGUGUAGGCACAGCAGCACUCCUGCUCCAGGAGUUCAUGGGACAAUAGCUGGUUUAGUUACUGGGUGGGAAGAGAUAACCAACAAUAAUUUGUAUUGCAUUUUACUGUACAUUGCAAGACCAUUUUUAUAUAAGGACACUUUUAAUAAGCAUAUUUCACUUUUUGUUAUAUUAAGUUGACUUUAUCAAAUACACAGAUUUUUUGCAUAUGUUUCCUUUGUUUGAAAGGCGAUUUCAUAAUUGGUUGAGUGUAGUCAAGGAUUCACCUUUCUUAUACUUUAUUGCUGAGAAUCUGAUGCCAUUGUUUUUAUAUAAAAAAAAAAGGAAAACAAAGUAUUUACAGAUUGAUACAGUGGAAUGUGAAUUAGUCAUAGUUUACAUCCUAUAAGAAUGUGUGUACCUGUGCUUGUGUGUGCUGGCCACUUUGGGCAGAACUGCUCGGGUGUGAACAGGGAGGAUCUCUUAAAAGAAGCUAAAGGUAAGAUAAGCUUUGGCACUAAGGAAAAUUGGCAUUCCAAGUCAACACUGAGAUGGCUGGGUGGGCCCCAGCAGCACUGGAAGUGCUGGUGUGGACGGGACAAGGGUGUCUCGACUGCUCAUGUUGUCCAGUCCUGUCCAGUUAUUUAACUGUGUAGCCAAGGCCAUUGUGAUCCUAAAUCAGUACCACAGUCCCUGUACUGGCAGGCCCUUAGAGGGGAAGUGUUUCAUCUGCCAUGGCCUGUGCUGGGGGUUCUGCAAUGUCCCCAGCAGUGGGACAGGGAAGCUCCUUCCCUGAGAGAUUCUGUCUGUGCUGGAAGAGGCUCACAGAACUCGGAACCAGCCCAGGUUUUGGAAGGUAAGUUACGGGAGAGAAGUGGAGUUGUUCUGUUAGUGAAGUAAUGUGAUGUUUUUUUAAAUUCACGCAUACUCUGUUCAUGAUUGGGCAUUGUAAGACAUUUUUGUAUGCUUUCUUUAAGUGUAUUCAUUAACCUUAGUGAAAGUUCUGCAAUGCAAAUUUGAGUGAAAUUUGAUGCUUAAAUUAACUUGAAAGUAAAAUACUACUGUAUGGUAUGGUAUGUGUAAGGUCAUCAUACCCAGUACAUUGGAGAAAUUGAGUACUUGCAUUGCAGCCUUCAAAGGGUUUGGGUUGUUUUUUUUUUUCUUUUUUUUUUUUUUUUUUUUUUUUUUUUUUUUUUUUUUUUUUUUUUUUUCUUUUUUUUCUUUUUUUUUGUUUUUGUUUUUUUAAUCUAAGUAAAGUAGGUAUUGACUCUUCUUGCCAAAUUUCAAGGUUGUGGCUGCCUUCUGCUAAAGAUUUACCUGUCCUCAUAACUAACCAACCUUUUGGUCUACAAAGUUAUUUGUUUAAAGGUAAAUCCUUUCAUUUAUUUAAUAUUGGAAAAAAGAAUUAAUACUUUUGGAUUGCUUUUAGUAACUGGGAAAGCUCUAUGAAUUUGGGAAAAGUCAGCAGGAAUGUGGGCACUGCAACUCAGCCCAAAUUAACUGAUUUACUGAUACACUUCAUUUAUGCUAGAGAUGUUCAUCAUGUGGAAAUGAGUUCUAAAGUCUGUUAGUACAGAACGUUUUCAUUUCAGUAUAUUUGGCAGAAGGUUAAAUUAAAUAUUUUCCUUCAAAUACUGGAUAUCUUGGGGUUUGUUUUGCUGAUGUAAUUAAUGCUCAUAAGGGAAGUGACACUUGCAAGUAUAAACUGUGAUUUAAUUUUACUGGCCAAUUCCUCUCCCUCUCCUAUUGGAAUCCUCCAGUCAGUCAUUACACAAAAUACCCCUGGUAAUUACAAAUAGGCACUUAAAGACAGUUUAGGUCAGAUGUGAAGUGGAUGUGAAGGAAAUGGAAAAAAACAACACAGAGGGAAACGACAGUUUUGAGCUCUACAAGUAGCACACCCAUGGUACAGAAAUUCUUUACUGGCCUUUGUAAAUUACCAAUUUUAUUUAAUAAAGUAGAAAUUGAAUAGUCUUAGACCACCCCUAUAAAAUGUGUUUAAGUUACCAUAGGUUUUGCAGUUUUUAGCCACAAAGAUGGGAUGUUGAAGUGAAUCAGGCAGCAAAAUCCUAGUUUUUGAGCAUUUGGAACUAUCAUGGAUUGUACUAAUACACCACCAGAUUCUCCUACUUCUCAGCAUUAACAAAAAUUACACCAAAGAACCUGGGAUGAAUUUUAAUUAAAUUAUUGUUUUAUUUAUUUUUUUUUGAGGACUGGAUGGGACUCCCUUUGGAGCCUGUAUAACUCAGAUGUUUAAUUUAUCUGAAGGUCAGUGAUGAGCAGAUGUGCAGCACUGGCUCUCUCCUGCUGAGCAGCCGAAUCCCUCCUUUCACUGCUCUUUCUGGCCCAGGAGCAAGAGAUUGGAAGUGCAAACAAAACCUGGCUCCUCCUUCAUCAAGGCAGUGCAGAGCACUACCACUAAGCCACUGGGCUGGCCCUGAUCAAUUAUUUUAAGCCUUAUUUAUUUCAAAAUCGUUUCUCUCUAAACUGGAGGCAUUUCAGUUGAUUGCAGUGAAAUUUAGGAUAUAAUGGCUACAGUCUAGAAUUCAAAACCAGCAAAAGAAACUUUUCUCACUCUGGUUUAAAAAAAAAAAAAAGACAUGUCUGUCUUUUUCUCUCUCUGUGGGUGUUUGAGCCCCUCAUCUGUUUUUCACUGCCGUUCAUUGUACUAGCGUAAACAAAACUUUCAUAUUAAAAUAAAAGGAUGUGUGGGCAAUGGUUGGCUUCUGUGAGAGUGGAAAAUAGAUAAAACUAGGACAGGUAUUUUCAUAAACCAGUUGGAGACAACUAAUAAUUAUUUGUUCUCUUCCUCAGUCCUUCCCUUCCAUGAGAAAAUUUACUGUUUGUGUAAAAAUUCAAAACGUUGAUGUUGGUGACUUUUUUUCAGCAUAUGUUUUUGUACCUGGUUUAUCCAUGCUUGGCUUUUCAUUAGAUCUUGUACUCCUGAAGGCUGAGCUGCUAACCAGGUUUAUAACAUGUAUGUACCAUCACUUUGUUUACCUGUGUCUUUUUAAUUUGAAUAAAAAUAGUUUGCAAAGUGUUUUGGAUUAA